GAUCUCACUCCAUCCCCAGUCCCACUGGCCACUCGUCUCGCUGCGACCGAAACAGCGGCCUCACUAAACUAACCCAGCCAUGCUGGCCGUGACGGUGAGCCAGGUUGUGGCGCUGCUCUCCAAGGCGGCGGGGGCCGAGGCCGAGCGUUGGCGGCGACGUUGCGGCGGCGGCGGCCACGACCGCUCGGCGGCGUCGCCGGCGGUGGGGUACUGCUGCGUGUGCAUUUCGGCGUGCCGCGACGACGGGGACGACGUCCGGAGGCUGCCCUGCGGACACGCCUUCCACCGCGACUGCGUCGACCGCUGGCUCGCGCGCUGCCGCCGCACGUGCCCGCUCUGCCGCCUGCACGUCGCCGCCGGACCUGCCGUGGGUUUCGUCGACCAGCAGCAGCUUCAGCUCAGCGACGACCUCGUCAUCUGGUUCUCUUCGCUCUUCGUCGCCGGCUUGUAGUUGUAGGUAGCUACAGGGCUCGCCCCGCCCGCGCACGCACCCGCCGUAGGGAUAAGCUAGCAAUGUGCCUCUGCCAACUGCCUGCGUACGCGCAUAAAAGUAUUAAAGCUUUUCCUGUGGUUAUUAAAAAAAAAUGUUCGGAGGACAAAAGUCUCUUCGGUCCUGCUACAUCAUUUCUAUAUCGACUCCUCCAAAUCUACCGCUUGGUUUAAAUUAUGUAAACCAACACGUUGUAUAGUGGAAGAGUUGUUUUCAAAAUCUAUCGUAACUGCUUCCACAAUGUAUAUAAAGAUGGUUGGUUUAUA